AAUUGACUUUAAGUUAGGAAAUAUAAAAGUUAUACUAUGUCAUUCGGAAAGAAAGCUGCUGAAAGAUUAGCCAAUAAAAUCGUAUUAAUCACUGGAGCAUCCUCAGGAAUUGGUGAAGCUACUGCUCGUGAAUUUGCUCAAGCUUCUAAUGGACAAAUUAAAUUAAUUUUAACUGCUAGAAGACAUGAAAGACUAGUUAGUUUAAGUGAUUCUUUAAUUAAAGAAUAUCCUCAAAUUCAAAUUCAUGCAGCUAAAUUAGAUGUUACUGCUAAAGAAACUAUUAAACCAUUUAUUUCAAGUUUACCAGCAGAAUUUGCUAAUAUUGAUGUUUUAAUUAAUAAUGCUGGUAAAGCUUUAGGUAAAGCUAAUGUUGGAGAAAUUGAAGAUGAAGAUAUAGAUGGAAUGUUUCAAACCAAUGUUUUAGGUUUAGUUCAUGUUACUCAAGCUGUUUUACCAAUUUUUAAAGCUAAAAAUUCUGGUGACAUUGUUAAUAUUGGAUCUGUUGCUGGUAGAGAUCCUUAUCCUGGUGGAGCUAUUUAUUGUGCCACUAAAUCAGCAGUUAAAUUCUUUUCUCAUUCAUUAAGAAAAGAAUUAAUUAAUACUAAAAUUAGAGUAUUAGAAGUUGAUCCUGGUGCAGUAUUAACUGAAUUUUCUUUAGUUAGAUUUAAAGGUGAUGCUGAAAAGGCUGAUGAAGUCUAUUCUGGAACUUCACCUCUUGGACCAGAAGAUAUAGCGGAAGCUAUUAUUUUUGGUGUUUCAAGAAGACAAAAUACUGUUAUUGCUGAAACUUUAGUCUUUCCACAACAUCAAGCUUCAGCUUCUCAUGUUUACAGAUCAUAAAUAUUUUAAUUAAUAUUAUUAUUCUUCUAUA